AUGUCCUCCAACAUUCUCCCCCGAACAACUCGCCUUCUACGCCCCUACACCCAGCGCCGACAAUGCCUCUCCUCAUCCCCAUCCAUCCACCCACACCCCUCACUCCACAUACAAACUCGCACCCGCACCCGCACCCUAACCAGCCAACCCAGCAAACCCCCCUCCAUCUCCAUCUCUAACCCCCACUCCCGCCCCGACCCCAUCACCCUACACCGCCUCGAAGCCAUCAACCGCGCGCACUACAAACGGCGAUCCAUAUAUUCCGGUACCGGCCUCCUCAUCGGCAUAAUCUGCCUAUGGGCAACCGCUACAUUUAUCGAGCUACCUCCUCCUCCCGCCAAACUCGAUAGUUCGCGACCGCACGACUCGCUGCCCUCUUCUAAACCCGUUAUUCAAACCCCUUAUUCCACAUCAGAAGAAGAAGAAGAAGUAGUACCCACCGGCACCAGCAGCAUACCCACCUUCCCCAAAACCAUCCACUUCAGCUCUCCCUCCAACGAAAACGACCCCUCCGCCCCCACCUCCCCCCCAGAACCCUACCAGCUCCUCGGCCUCGGCAUCCGCACCGUUUCCUUCCUCUCCAUCCAAGUCUACAUCAUCGGCCUCUACAUCUGCACAUCAUCCCUCACCCCCUCCAACGAACUCUCAUCCGCAACGCCACUCCCCCCUCCACCAACGCCAGCACGCUCAUCUCAUCGGAAAAAGCGCAUCUCUCUGAUCUCCUCCUAG